GGGACGGAGGCCGGGAGGCCGGGGCGGCGGGUACGCAGCUCGGCGGGAGGCGGGCGCCCGGAGACGCGGCUGGGGCCCGCGCGGCCGGGGCGCUGUCCCUGGGCAGGGCUGCCCGGCCCCGGCCCCGGGCCACCCGCACUCCCCAUGAAAAACCAGCUCCGCGGCCCCCCAGCGCGGGCGCACAUGUCGGCCUCCGGGACGUCGGCGACUGGGGACACCGGGGCGGGGUCGGAGCCCGGAGCGGGGUCCGGCGCGGGCACCGGGGCAGGCGCAACGACCGGUGCGGGGGCUAUGCCUUGCAAGAGCGCCGAGUGGCUGCAGGAGGAGCUGGAGGCGCGGGGCGGCGCGUCCCUGCUUCUGCUCGACUGCCGACCACACGAGCUCUUCGAGUCGUCGCACAUCGAGACGGCCAUCAACCUGGCCAUCCCGGGCCUCAUGCUGCGCCGCCUGCGCAAGGGCAACCUGCCCAUCCGCUCCAUCAUCCCUAACCACGCCGACAAGGAGCGCUUCGCCACGCGCUGCAAGGCGGCCACUGUGCUGCUCUACGACGAGGCCACGGCCGAGUGGCAACCGGAGCCCGGCGCUCCCGCCUCUGUGCUUGGCCUGCUCCUGCAAAAGCUGCGCGACGACGGCUGCCAGGCCUACUACCUCCAAGGUGGUUUCAACAAGUUCCAGACAGAGUACUCCGAGCACUGCGAGACCAACGUGGACAGCUCGUCCUCGCCCAGCAGCUCGCCGCCCACCUCCGUGCUCGGCCUGGGGGGCCUGCGCAUCAGCUCCGACUGCUCGGACGGCGAGUCCGACCGAGAGCUGCCCAGCAGUGCCACCGAGUCCGACGGCAGCCCCGUGCCGUCCAGCCAGCCGGCCUUCCCCGUCCAGAUCCUGCCCUACCUCUACCUCGGCUGCGCCAAGGACUCCACCAACCUGGACGUGCUGGGCAAGUACGGCAUCAAGUACAUCCUCAACGUCACGCCCAACCUGCCCAACGCCUUUGAGCACGGGGGCGAGUUCACCUACAAGCAGAUCCCCAUCUCUGACCACUGGAGCCAGAACCUCUCCCAGUUCUUCCCCGAGGCCAUCAGCUUCAUCGACGAGGCGCGCUCCAAGAAGUGCGGCGUCCUGGUGCACUGCCUGGCGGGCAUCAGCCGCUCGGUGACCGUCACAGUGGCCUACCUGAUGCAGAAGAUGAACCUGUCACUCAACGAUGCCUACGACUUCGUCAAGAGGAAAAAGUCCAACAUCUCACCCAACUUCAACUUCAUGGGGCAGCUGCUGGACUUCGAGCGGACGCUGGGGCUGAGCAGCCCGUGUGACAACCACACCCCCAGUGAGCAGCUGUACUUCUCCACGCCCACCAACCACAACCUGUUCCCGCUCAACACCCUGGAGUCCACGUGAGGCCGGGGGCGCGGCUGGGCAGGGGGCCGGGCCCUCCGCAGGGAGCCCGAGGAACCCGGCCAUCGCCUGCGCCCAGGGACCCGGGGCCGCCGGGCGGCUGGGCCGCCCCGCCGUCCUGGGGCGGGCAGAGCCCACAGCUGGCUGCCGCUAUGUGCGGGACUCCGGAGAGGCAGGUCUGGGGCUACGGGGGCCUGGUGGGCUCCCCCCACCCUCGGGGCUCUCCUUCCUGCUGACGCCCGGCCAGUUCGGCGUUUUUUUUUUAAAGACACCCACGGACCCGAGUUUACCUUCCCCUCUUGGCAGGUGAGUCCGAGCUCCCUGGAGCACCAACGGUGGUCACGGUCUUCUCAGUUUUUUUGUUUGUUUUUUUAAUGAAAAGUGUUAUUUUCAGGCACCAGGCAACCGUGGAUUGUACAAACCAGUAUUUCAUCCCUUUCUUGAUCUUGCGAGAGAGAGAGACAUGUUCUCAGUUCUGUUUUUUAAAAAGCAAUUACUGUUGGUUUUUUUUUUGUUAUUUGUUUGUUUCCUGUUUUUAUUGGGAAAGACAGACCCGGUGUGGGUCUUGACCAAAUGCGUUUUGCACA